AUGGCAGCUCGGCGGUGGCGGCGGUUGCAGAAGCUGCCUGCCGGCGUGGAAACCAAGAACACCUUUUUGGAUUGCAAGUCGCCUUGGAUCGAGCCCUUGUCCCUGGACAAGCGCCCCAACUCGGACCCGACCUCGUCGCUGACCUGCAGCGACCUGGGCCUGUCGAGUGCCGCCGUCCCGAGCGACGCGGAAGCGACACGCAGCGCUCCAAACGAGGAGGAGCUGUCCCCGAGGCACCAGGGGGUCGCGUGGGCACGCGAGCGCCCGAAAACGCACCACGCGGCAGCCAGCAGUGAGUUCAGCGACGGGGUGGAGGACACGAUCGCCCCGAAGGAGCAGGAUCCCGCUCCCUCCAGGACCCAACGGCGGCGCCUACAGCGGAACCUCCUCAGGCAGCAGUACGCGACGGCCCUGACCUCCUCGGGGGGGACGUGGUAG